AUUACAGCGGCGGUAUUUAAUGACCGAGUCCACCGAGCGGCAACAAGAUUAAUGGUUCAUUCAAGAAUUCGAUUUUCGGCCACAACAACAACAACAGCAGGUUCAUAUCAAAAUCUGCGGGGCGUUUGCGAGAACCAACAACACAGCGUCACAGAACUUGGCGGUCCCAGACAUUGUGACACCAGCCAAAUGCAGCAGCAGCAGCAGCAGCACCACCACCACCACCACCACCAGCAACUCCAAUGGAGUUGCCUGGCCAAGACUCGUUUAAGCCACUUCCACGAGGGUGUGGGCCCGGCCAACUGGCUGGUUAAAUCAAAUGAUAUUUCUACAACAGUUGCUUGUGUUGAAAAAUAAUUGUUUAAAUGUCAUAAAAUAAACAACACAAGCCCAGCGGAGGGUCAACAAGUGUGGAGGUCUGCUGAAAACCGCAGUGAAAACUGGCCAAAUUGAAUAGAGUCAAAACGGCAGCUCAAAGACUUAGAUUCCAUUAUAGAUUAAUUAAAUUGGGGAAACGUUUGAGAUCUAAUGGAAGCUGGACUUAAAUUAAAAUCGUUUUAAGUGCCCAUAAUUAUAUAAACUAAGGCAAUAAUUUUGAAAACGUGGGGCACUUAAAUUUAACUAAAAUUAAAUAAAGUUGAUUAGAAAAAUCGUAAUAAAUUUGUAGUACGGGUAAUUAUGAAAAUAAAUGUAAUUAAGAGCAAGCUAAGUAGUUUGUGCCAUUUAACCAGUUUUCAAGAUAUCUCACAUAAUUUAUCCAAAGAUUUCCACUUGGACCGCCCUCUAAACCUUGAAAACAAUACAAAACACCACUCAGCAUUAUUCAGCCAUGACAAAUGUUUAUGAUCACGAAUCGCGUAUGGAGGAAAAUGUUCGAGUAUCAUUUAGUGGGAAGCAUUAGCGAAUCGCAUGCAAACGCUUUUGUGCGAUUUUAAACGCGCUGGCAUUUCAAAACCGCCCGUAAAAAUCGCCCACUUUGCAUUCGGCAUCUAAUGGCAGUCGUCGUGCUCGUUGGCGGUUUAAAAAAGUGCCCAUUAAGCGGGGCCCAGUAUUGUUGGUGCUCGUAUCCAAAAUCCAAAUCCCCAGUUGCUUGGGCGCAUUUUGGCCAACGAUUCGAUUGCGAAAUCUUCUGGCUAGCAUUAUUAAACACACACUUUUUGUAUUGUAAUCAUGCUUAGAAUGUUGGCCGACUCUGUGGUGUUGGCUCAAAUUGGUUUUCCUUGUCCCGGCGACUGCACAGAGAAAAACAAACUCAAUUAGGAACAGAUAUCUGAUAUCAACUAAUAACAUUAAAUCGAACACUUUUUUUUACCGUGUGGGGUUUGUCCACUUGAGUGGAGUGCACCGAAAUCCAAGCCAAGACAAACAGCUCAAUGCAAAGUGAUUUCGGCACUCACAAGACUUUGUUUAAUUAAGAUUUUGCAUUAAGUUGUGUACUCGUAUGAAUGUCAGCCCAAUUUGAAUACCAAAUUUUAUUAGGAUCACCGAAACGUUGAAAUGGAUUUGCCAUCGAAUUGCAGGCAGUCAGGCAGUCAGGUGAAAGCAUUCGCUCUGCUACUGGUAAGUGAAAAAGCUUGCCACACAAUAAACAAGAGACCCGAACAUUAAUCAGUUGGGUAAACAAAUCAAAUGGCGGGAAUAGUGUAUAUAGUAAACAAGAGACGAGAUAAAGUUGUUGGGAGGGAAAUACAAGUAUGCCAGCAGUUAUUGCGGACAUUUCGACAAUUGCAGCCGAAUUGAGUGAGAAAUUAAAGUCCACGGCGGCGGCACUACUACAUGACCAUAAUUAAUUGACAAGCUGGGAAUUUGGUUUUCCAUUGGCAAUAUAAAUCAAUGCUAGCCGAGGGAAAAAUGCAUGCUGAGCCUCUUUUCUUCGGCGAACAUGGCCACGAGCGGUGAGAAAAAUUAAUGCAUUUACUUAACGAUCGAUAAAUCGACUCGAAAAAGCCGCUCGACGACAACCGAAUUGCGCAAAAAUAUUAUGACCAUCGCCAUGUGGCACAUAUCAAAGGCCUCCGCCAACUGUGGACCAAGAUAAUCCAAUCCACAGCCAGAUCAACAAGACCGAACACACGACCUGAGAAAUUGUUUCUCAACAUGCAAAUGCCGUGCGAUUUAUUUGAGGAAGCGGCUCGCAUGCCAAAAACCACCAGACACCCAAACUUAAACCACAAACUUAAACCAAGAAAAAAACAAAAACACCCAGAGAUAGAGAUACGAGGAGAUAAACGGGUGAGAUAUAGAGACAGCCACCUGACUAGGUGAAAUGGGUGAGAAAAUAUAUCCAUAUGCCAGUAUGCUAGUAAUGCAAAUGCUAGAAAUGCAAAAGCAAAUGCAAAUGCAAAUGCAAAUGCAUUUGGCAAGCGCUACCAGGCCGGGCGAAAUUAAGUUGUUAUUUGCCUGGCUCAUUUAUUUAUGGCAUUUCGAAAGUUGACAAUCCUUUCGCUAUCUGUCAUCUGACCCAUCGGACUUUGGACAUUCAGCAGCUACCGACUUCUAACUCUCAGCCCGUUGAGUUGCAAAUUGAUUUUCCCACCAGCUUUCACAUGAGCGGGUCAGAAUAGUGAUCACGAUUCCCUCCUUCCCGCUGCCAAAAUCUUACUUUCCACAACAACCCAUAAAAAUUAUAACUAUGUGAAGGAAGGCGCACACAAAUCAUAAAAGCAAAUGAGCCAAAGCUGGGAAAAGAUCACAUACAAACGUAUUUCGGUUUGUGCGUCAAUCAAUGAGCAAUAAGCCUUUCUUUGGCUGCACCAAGCAAAAGUAUUACCAUAGUUGUGCAUCAGUAAAAGUGUAUUUCAACACAAAUUAGCACUUUCUUUCUAAUUUUCAUUUUUAUUAUCCGAUAAAUACUACAAUUGCAAGGAAUAUAAUUGAUUUUAUGGUUCUUCUUUGCUUUUGAAAACGUGCAUAGUACCUCAAAAUAUUUCUUUUUAGAAAAGUUUAUGUGCCAUUUUUGUUAACUGAUUGGUUUUUAACGGUAGCCUGACCUCACGUAUGAAAUAAAUAUUUAAAGAGCCAUUAAGGACUUGCUGAUGACUUUAUAAAGCAAGCCAUGGGAAACCAAUAAAUGGUCUGGUAUGGUUAUGAUAUUUCCAAUUUCCCAGACUAAAGCUUAAUUUCACAAAUCGUAUGGUAUGGGCAAUUUGUGCAUUUCGCGUAAUAUAAACUUAAUAUAAACUUUUUCUGUUUUUCAAACACACUGUUUAUGAAUUAUUUUUCAUAUCUUAAAGGAUGGAAGUACUUCCCAUCUUUUAAAAAUCGCAUUUACUUUUGUAUUUAGUUUCAGUUUUCAGUUUCCUUUGCUUAAAGCCCUUUUUUUGAGUGUAGAGCUCGGCUUAGAGUGUCAUCACUUGGGAU